AUGACCAUCAGUUCUUUGUUUGCACGUGAUCAGUUUGACACUUUCACUUUUGUUUGUGGCCUUCUCGCCAUGGAGUUCAACGGUAGUCCUGCAUUUGGAGUUUGCGACCGCCAGCCGGGAAAUAAUAAUUUUAUGGGCACAUUAAACGUUCACAGGCAAAAUCUUAAAAUUAACAAGGAGAUAAAAAUACAGAGGAAAACGAAAGAGAUAAUGAUUGUCGUAGCACCUCAGCACCUGCUUAGCUCACGUUGGACCGUUCAUGAAACUCUCGAAACGACAUUCAUUAGUGCAUUGGUGCAUGGACUCAGUGAUGCAUGCAUUGGCUUUACAGCCUUCUUGUGGUGGAGCAGACUGGAGCGAUCGGCUGGGAUCCAUCUGACCGUCUCCAGCAAACUGUUGCAACAACUCCUCUGUCACGACCAGGGUAACAACAUCAACAACAAAUGGCUGUGUAUAGCUUAUGCUAUUAGAAAUAGAAUGCUGCAAGAUUGA